AUGGUAUCAACAUCGCCAGCAGUUGUUAUAGAUAAUGGGUCAUAUACCACAAAGGCUGGGUUUGCUCUAGAGGAUUUGCCAUCCUUAGUUUUCAAUUCAAAUUACCUGAUAAAUACAAGCGAUGGAGCUAAAGCUGUGAUUGGAGAUGACGAAAUAUUAGCAGAGCCUGAGAACGAGGUAAUGACGUUGAUGGAAAAUGGCUUAAUAUAUAACUAUGAUCAUAUCAUUGACAAUUGGAACUAUGUGUACGAAAAUAUUGAUAACAAUAAUAGUAUUAACCCCAAGGAGUUUCCUUUAGUGAUAACUGAGCAGACUUGGAAUACUUCUAAGAAUAAGUUGGCCGCAACCCAAAUUGUAUUCGAGACAUUAGAAGUUCCCUUGUUUUCGUUAGUCAAAACACCGUUAGCACAGCUCUAUCAUACGGGGAAAGCGACCGGGCUUGUUGUGGAUAUCGGAUCUGCCGUUGCUAGCGUCACUCCUAUUUUGGAUGGCAUUAUUCAAUCGAAGGUUUCGUUCCACACGAAGUAUGCUGGAGAUUUUGUGAACCUAAGUAUUUUGAAUCAUUUGGAAAAAUUUGGAACUCUAGAGGAUUUCCUUCCUGCGAAAUAUCACAGCGCUAGUUCAUCUUUUAAAAACUUUUACGCCAGUCGUAACUUGAUUCAGGAAUUUAAAGUGGCAAGCACACCCGAGUAUCAGUUUCAUAAGGGCAUUCAAGUCAAGAGUAAUGGUGUUGAUUUUUUUUCAAGCUUAUUCCAACCCCAAUUAUUAAAUGUCCCUAAUGUUAAUAUCCCUGAGCCAGUAUUGGAUAAACCUCAAACGCAUGGCUUAGUAAAUCUUAUAUUUCAUAGCUUAAAGAGUUUGGAAGCAUCAAUAGUUCAAUCUGGUGGUCAGAACAGUAGUAGAUUUGCUCGCUUCAAUGAAAUUUUGAAGACUUUAUUAGCUAAUAUCGUCAUAACUGGAGGUUCAUCUUUGGCUACGGGUUUAUCAGAUAGAAUAUUGAAUGAUGUGAGAGCAUAUGCAGCACUGUAUUUCCCUAAUUAUGGAUUUAACCCAUACUAUAUACAAACAAUAAGCAAUUAUCAGGCCGGAGAUGUUAAUGACACUUGGAACAGGCUAUUAGGAGGGUGGCUUGGAGCCAGUAAUUUGGCAGGUAUGCUUAAUGAUACAGGCGAGGAAACAAACGGAGUAAAUAUAGCUUUAGACAAUUGGUUUGUUUCCAAAUCAGACUAUGAAGAAUUGGGUGAGGAUUUAAUCUUAGAAAAGUUUAAAUAG